UUCAAGAUUGGGUAAAAUUCGAGAUGGGAUUUGCGGGAUGUUUAGAGAACUGCGAUGACGGUCUUGGGUUAGGAAUCUAGUUCAGAUUUUGCAUUCCGAUGUAUAUGAACUGUAAUGGACGGAGUUGUUUGCCCGCCUGACUCCUUCCUAUCAGUAGUAGACGCGCGUGAGGGGCAGCUGAUUGUUCGCUCCAGUGCUAAAAGUGUAGCUUGCGUGAUAAGCCCCUCACGGCUCAAUCCACCUGCUCAAGUUGGGCAUGCUUAUGCCAUUUCAACUGCCGGCCGCCCACUUUCGUCGACUUUGAAAAGACUUCCUGUCCGUCCUUUUUCUGGAGGUUUAUUUGUUCACCUUUUGUUUGGUUUUGACUCUAUCCAAGUGUCUGGGGCCCUUUGAACAGAGCUAAACCCAAAUUGUCCGUGGAACGCGACCGACUUACACCUGCAUCGAUGGGUUCGUAUCUCUCGAAACUCCCUGCCGAAGGGGUUACUGUGCAUGAGAAGGCGGUCCUUCAGCGGCUUCGCAGUUUGCAGCUGGAAGACAACAGCGUUGAGGAGGGCUAUGUCUACGUCGAUGACAGCAAACUGGAGAAGAGCGAGAAGGCGGCCCAGGCUAUCUCCAAGUCCCGUCGCCCCGAGCCCAUCUCUGUCGUCCGCGCCGAGGAAUGGCAGGACGCCCUCCUUAGGGACCCAAAGAACAGACUCGCUCUCUCGGCUCUCAGCGCUGCCAACCCUCGCUCCGUCUUGACGUCGCGGGCUGCCAAGAUCUCGGAGCAGCAGGUGUUCAACGUCAAGAUUCCCUUCGAGGGCGGGCCGAUCACAAACCAGCGGCAGUCGGGGAGAUGCUGGAUCUUCGCCUCGACCAACGUCUUCCGCGUGGCCCUGAUGCAGAAGUACGGCCUCGACGAGUUCGAGCUCUCGCAGGCCUACCUGUUCUUCUGGGACAAGUUCGAAAAGAGCAAUUGGUUCCUGGAGCAGAUCAUCUCGACAGUCGACGAGGACCUCGACUCCCGUCUCGUGCAGACGCUGCUUCACGAGCCUCUGAGUGAUGGUGGGCAGUGGGAUAUGAUCUACAACCUCGUAUCCAAGUACGGCCUGGUGCCCCAGACACUGUAUCCCGACAGCUUCAACGCCAGCUCGAGCAGCGUCAUCAACAGCAUCAUCUUCACUAAGCUGCGGGAGGACGGACUCAUCCUGCGGAAGCUGCUCAGCAGUUCUUCCUCGUCGACCAUGGCGGCGGCCGUCUCGGACGCCAAGACGCGCAUGCUGAAGGAGAUCCACACGAUCCUGACGCUGACGCUGGGCCCACCGCCGAGCCGCGACGACGAGUUCGCGUGGUCGUUCACGGACAAGGCCGGCAAGGCGCGCACCGUGCGCGCGACGCCGCGCGCGUUCGCCGCCGACAUCUACAGCUCCAGCUUCCGCAUCACAUCAGACACGGUGGCCAAGAUGGUGUCGCUGGUGCACGACCCGCGCCACGAGCCGCUGACGCUGCUGACGGUCGACCGGCUGGGCAACGUCGUGGGCGGGCGCGCCGUCACGUACGUCAACGUGGACGUGGCGGCGCUGAAGGCGGCGUGCGUGGCCAUGCUCCGCGCGGGGCUGCCCGUGUUCUUCGGGUCCGACGUCGGCAAGUUCAGCGACUCGGCGCUCGGCAUCAUGGACCUGGCGCUCGUCGACUACGAGCUCGGCUUCAACGUGUCGCUGCUCGGCAUGGACAAGGCCGCCCGCCUGCGCACCGGCGAGUCCCAGAUGACCCACGCCAUGGUGCUGACCGCCGUGCACGUCGACGAGGCCUCGGGCGCGGCUGUGCGCUGGCGCGUCCAGAACUCGUGGGGCACCGCCGCCGGGUCCGACGGCUGGUUCGUCAUGAGCGACGCCUGGAUGUCCGAGUUCGUCUUCCAGGCCGUCGUCGACCCAAAGUUCCUGAGCAAGGACGUGCGCGAGGUUCUGGAUAGCGAGCCGACGGUGCUGCCCCUGUGGGAUCCCAUGGGUUCGCUAGCCUAGGUUGGGCACAUGUGUGAAGAUUAGGAGGCACAUCUGCGUUGUCGUUGUUUUCUUCUCCUUUCUAUCCAUCCGACGCUUCCUUUGUCCGAUGUAUCAGUUACUUGGGGGUUCGCGAUGCCGGACUGCUGGGUUGCGUCGAGGAUGACCUGAAUGAAGAAACGAAUAUCUCCAAGUGGCAGCGAAUCGAUGUCUACGUACUACCUGAUAUGCUUAGGUGACUACCUGAUAUGCUUAGGUGGACAAUGUUUUUUGUCCUUCGGCGUUUAUUGCCACUAUACCUAUGCACCUAGCUAUUUCUUGAUUCCGGAUUUGCUAUUCGUGUUGAAGCAUUCUUCAUGGUUCAUUCAUACAGCUUCACUGCCUGACUACGAUUGAUUUUACGUGGCUCCUUCACUUGGACGCAUUCACAUAUUUUCG